UUCAGGUAAUUUGUAUGUAGUUAGUUUGUAUGUAGUUUUUAACGGCUUAGCAUCAGUUGGGAAAUGUCAAUGUCCUCUACAAAACCUGACUUCAAGGACUGCGUCAAAUGGUUCUCUCAAAUCGGGUUUUGUAAUACACCCGAACUUGCCUGCUACAAUCCACUAAACUCGCUAGAAGGCUUCCUGAAGUUUAUCCGAGAUGGCAGUAAACUCUGUCAUCUGUUGUCCUUUAUUGACCGAAACUCACUGGACCUGCGCCUGGUGGUUCCGAAUUGUGAGAACUCGGAGACGGCGAGCGUGAACAACAUCACCCUUUUCAGAGACAGCUGCAGUCGCUUCUUCGGAGUCUCUGAAAGGUAUCUGUUCAACCCGGAAGCCCUCUAUGAUGGAGCAGAUGUACAGGGAGCCAUACUAGCUUUGCAAGCCCUUAGUCAAACUGAUAUUUACAAGCAUGCCAUGCGAAGCAAAAGCCGCAACCCUGUGCAACUGAUCGGAAACUCUUCCUUCCAGAGCAAAGAUCCUCAAGAGGAGAUGACGGACUACUCAAUCUACGGAACCAUUGAUAUCGAACAGUACCUGCCGAUGACCGGUGGGAUCGAGUAUAGCAAGGCUGAUGCGUAUAUCAGCCUGAUCGACCAAUACGUUCCAGAAGCUAGUGUGCCAGACCUGGGAGAGCAUAUCCAGUGUCCUAUCGUCCGAGAAAUAGUUGACAAGGAUAAAGCCUUCGUACAGAUGUUGACAGAUGUGAUUACUUUGUACAAAAAUAAACUAAUUUCAGUGUUCCCGAAUCAAUUCAACACUGUAUUUUGUGGCGAUCUCUUCAACAGAAUGAAAGAUUUGCACGAAAACUUGCUGAAAGAAUUUUGUUCUCAAGCAUCGAGAAUCGAUGCUUUUUCUGUAUGCAAAGGGUUUGAUGUCUAUAAAGACAAAAUAGCGUCCGUUUACUCUCAGUAUUUUUACGAAAUUGAUAGCGCAGUCGAAAAGUUGCAGGAGAUUUUGAGCCAAAAUCCUAUUUUGGUGGAAAGCUUUGAAAGGACUAAGGCGGAAGCCGACAAUCAGUCCAAGUGUCGAGACUUUGAUCUUCUAACGGUUUUGCAUAGUCCGUUCCAGCAUGUGCUGAGGUACCAUCUAUACGUGGAACGUCUCGUCAAAGAUGUCGAAACGAAGAGUUCCUCGGAUUGCCAGCAGAUCAAAACGACACUGGAACUUAUGAAAGAAUUAGACUCGCAUUUAAACGAAUGCAAACGAGAUGCCGAAUCGCUUAAGUUUGUUAGAGAAAAUUUCAACUCGAAUGAAAUACCAGUCGAAAUUUUAGUAAAAAACGCGGAGUCUAUGGGAAAGUUUCUAAAGGAGUCGUUAAUUCACAGUGUUAAAGUUGACAAAGAUACGUUCUCGAACGUCCGCGUUUUCCUUUUUCAACUUGGCAUUGUGUGUGUGGUACAAAAUCGUCGGCCAUUUGUUUUUGCCAACGAUCCGUUCAAGUUUGCUGUUCACGAAAAGAUGAAAGACAAGCCUUUUUUCAGGUUAGAGUUCAACUCAUCCCGAGUUUUAAAAAUUGCUAUAAAGAACAGGUUUCUGAAAAGCGAAUGGAGCCACAUGCUAGCCAUGGUUCAAGCUUGCGUCUAUGGGCCAGUUCAUGAAGUUCACCAGUUUGUCCUAAAAUCGUUCACGAAUUUGACCUACUGUUGUGAAUGCAACAAAAUACUCAAAGGAUACUCUAAUCAGGGCUUAACAUGCAUGAAACACUGUAAACGCAAUGUACAUUUGGACUGCUUGAACGACGUGCUGUCAAGACACCUUUGUCAAAGUUGCCCCGCAGCAUAUGUUGACCCGAUUUCUAUGGUCUCAAACCCGUUGUCAAAACCGGCUUCUACUGCUGAAUUAGGUGGAAAGCCUACAGUUAUUAUAGUCAAUCCUCUAAUUGCACAGGAUCCGAAAGACGACGAUGUGUGGAAGUCGAAUUACGGCGAGGGAGAAUUUCGGCCCCGAGGAAGUACAGUUUCUGUCCCAUCUACAUCUUCGCGGGUCCUCAAGCUCACGCGGUCACAGUCGAUUCCGCAGACUUUAUCUCCGAAUGACGAACUUGCCCUGUACGAUUGGUUUUGUCCUGUCGCCAAUCGGGACACGUCGUAUAGGAUUUGUUCACAACUCCCGAACGAAACGUUUCUGGUGCGUCGGAGCGACAAUGACCCUCAAGGUGGAGCUGUUAUGAUAAAAAUGAACAACGAGGUUCAGAACUUGAAAAUAUAUUUCGACGAAAAGGGCCGGCGUGAAUUCUAUAUAACGAAGAAUAACUUCUUCAAGUCUAUCGCCGACCUAGUUGAUCAUUUUCGAGCCCGCAGUUUGGAAAGUUGUUUUCCAAAUAUAAAAAGCAGACUCAAUAUUCCUUACGUCAAAGGUCUUCAGAUGCUGCAGAGUCAAUUGGACAGAACUGUUUUUUCUUCUCUCGCUUUUUUAAAGUCAUCCUAUAGUGCCAACGUAGAUAAGGAUAAACUGAAAGAGUUGGCCAAGGGAGAGUUGGUUUGGGUCAAGUGUCGACAACAUCUGGAUCCGAACAAAAAGUUCAUCGAAGCCAUGGUAGAGAUGACCAAAAACGUCUUCAGAAGACACGAAUUCAUCGUGCCAAACACAAUUCUAGAAUACGUGCAAGACCAAGAAACGUAAACGACUCAGAACAGAAAUAAAACAGUCCCUCCAUACUAUGCUAAAAAUUCCCCCAUACUAUGGUACCUAAUAAAGAAACCCCUCAGUUAAGCAUAUGCGAAGUUUGUACGUAGUAGCGAAUCAUUCCCGCUAUUGCAAUAAGGCUGAAAUAGUUAAGAGAUCCCAGUCACUUUUCUAUCAGAUCAAGUUAGCUUUUUUAAUUAUUGAAUCCUCAUUUUGCUAGUUAUGUUUGCGGUACAAAUCAGUCGACUAAUCAAAUUAAUAUAUCAAUAUGCGACAUUUAUAAUGAUAAUCUGACAUUUUAACAGGACUUUAAUUUUAUUUUAUGCUUUCUGUAAAUUAUACACUCAUUUGUAUUUGUAAAUUGUACAUAUUACAAUUGUUCACUGG